GUAGUAGGUAGCGUAAGGCUAUAGGAUUUUCUUGCCGGUGACCUGUCGACUGCCGACAUUUGAAUCCUCUAAUGAUUACAUAGGAUUAUGACUGCAUGACUAAACUCAUGGAAAUCCCACCAGUCGCUUCUGGCACCGGCUCUUAGGUAUGGAGCUGCGCAUCUUAACUUCUGACCCGCCUUUGCAGGAAUUUCAAAAUGUAUAGGUAGACUGUUGGAGGUGAAGUAACCGGGUAGGCAAGUCUGUAGCAUCCUAUAUGCCGAUACAUGGGGAGAUUAUCUGUAAGAUGCUCCGAUCGAGGAAAUAGUACUUGGGGAUUGUGUAUAUUCAGGGGCAAAUGAAAGGUACCAAAACCAACACUUCACACACAAAAUGACGCCUUUCUUUCCCCAAAUGUCUCUGCAAGUGUCAAGGGAAAUAAAAAUUAACUCCGUCAGCCAAGAACCUUUAUAGAGAGGUGGCUGCCUCAUCCAUUCCCAUCAACGUAUCCGUAGAUACCUAGGUCAUGUCAUACUAAGUUGUCAUACUACCUAGGUACCUUUGACCUAGAGACAGCAUGAAGCUCUCUUCAGCUUCGAUACUCCUUGCCCUUUUCGCAAGUGCAAAAAGCGCCAAUUUUGCCUUCGAGCGCGAUCAACUCACCGAGGCCGACGUCGGUGAUUUCUCUGCCAUAGCCUUCGGGAACGCAUCGACGGCAGCAGCUCCUCCCCCCGCCGACGAAUGCAAAGCGUCCCCGGGAACAGCCGCAUGGCCCCUCGACGAAGAGUGGGCGCAGCUGAACAUCUCGCUAGGCGGCGCCCUAAUCAGGGGCGUGCCGCCCGCGGCAGUAUGCUACGACGGGCUGUUCAAGGACGAGGCCGCGUGCGCGUUUCUCGUGCGGAAUACUAGCUCGACAAGGUUCUAUAUCAACGAUCCGGUCACGGUGUUGAGCGAGUGGCCGGAGGGGGACACGUGCCACGCGACGCUGCAGCCGCUGGAGGGGGAGAGCUGCUCGCAGGGGGCGUUUCCGGAGUAUGUGGUUAAUGCUACAAGCGUGAGGCAGGUGCAGGUUGCGGUUAAUUUUGCGAGGAAUAGGAAUGUGCGGUUGAUUAUUAAGAAUACUGGACAUGAUUUCAUCGGCCGGUCGAUCGGCUUCGGAAGUCUUAGCAUCUGGACACACUGGCUAAAAGACUUUGAGUUCCUCCCGGAGUACCAGGUGGGCGCGUACACGGGGAGAGCGGCGCGGGUUGGCGCGGGCAUCGAGAGCUGGGAGAUGUUCCAGUACAUGGACCAAUACAACAUGACAGCCGUGGUCGCGGGGGGCUACACUGUCGGGGCCUACGGCGGCUGGGUGGCUGGAGGUGGACACUCCGCGCUGGCGUCGAAGUACGGACUUGGUGCUGAUCAGCCGUUGUCGAUUCAGGUCGUGACAGCUGACGGACAGUUCGUCACCGCUGACCCAGAGCAGAAUACGGAUUUGUUCUAUGCGUUGCGCGGAGGUGGAGGGAGUACUUUCGGUGUUGUGACAUCGGCAGUGGUUAAGGUUCAUCCGCCUACUACUGUCCUUUCCUCCUCUCUAUCGUUUUCCGUGAGCGGCUCCAAUUCACCCUCGCCCGAUGGCGUGGAAAGGUUCUGGACAGGCUUCGACCUGUACCAUGAUUUUGGCAGAACGAUUGUUGAUAAUGGCGGUACUGCAUAUAGUUACGUGUCACGUCUGUCUGGCAACAACAGCUUCAGUUUUCGCACAGACAUCGAGCUACCCGACGUAUCCUCAACCUCCCUCUCUGCUUUCGUGCAGCCACUUGUGGACGACCUUCAAGCAAUCGGCCUCGCCGUGACAAGCGGACGGCCACAGCCCGCAUCAAACUGGGGCGCAGGCGGGCUCGGCACCGGCGACCGACCAGGAAGCUCCCGAUUCGGCAGCCGGCUACUGCCGUACGCCAACUUUGAGGAACCUACCUUGUUCGCAGCGACGCAGAGCGCCAUCCGCAAGUCCAUAGAGGCGGGCUACACGUUCCAUGGCAUCCACCUCAAGCCGACGGAGGCCGUGGCUGGGUACCCGGGGAACAACGCGGCGAACCCGGCGUUCCGCAAGGCCAUAAUGCACGCGGACCUGUUCGACUCCGUCGCGCUGAGGGGCCUGUCCGCCGACGCGUUCGCGCAGACGCACCAGGCGCUCGCGACAAGCCUCGAUGGGUGGCGCGAGGUGAGCCCGGGGGCGGGGGCGUAUAUGAAUGAGUGUGACCUGCUGGAGCCGGACUGGCAGCAGGCGUUCUUUGGGAGCAACUAUGAGAGGCUACUGGAAAUCAAGAGAGCUAGGGAUCCGUGGGGCGUAUUCUAUGCUCCUGGCACGGUGGGGAGUGAGGCGUGGGUUGUGAGGACUGAGGAUGGGCUGCCGACACAGAAUGGUCCGUUGUGUAGGGCACAUUGAAGUUGUACAGUGUAUACUGUGUAGUACUAUAUCCAUACAGUACGUAGUGACUAAAGUUAAGGUUA